AAAUACAGGGAAGCUGUCAGAAGCUAUCGGCUGACACGGUACCUCUUGAGUUUGUUGCAUUUGUUUUGUUGAUUUAUAAGAAUUGUUCUACCCUGUUUUGAACAUGUCUUCUGCUGAUGUUUCCCCUUCUGCCACACCUAGUGACAAUACUUUAAGUGGUACACAUGCACCUAAGUAUGGCACAGUCAUUCCAAAUAGAAUAUUUGUUGGAGGAAUUGCAGCAAAUGUUAACAGUGCUACAACAGAGGCAGAAUUAAAACAGUUUUUUUCUGCUUAUGGAGCCGUAAAAGAUACAAAGAUUAUAGCAGAUAGAGCUGGAGUGUCUAAAGGAUACGGGUUUGUUACUUUUGAAAAUCAAGAAGAUGCAGAGAGAAUUAUAAAAAAAGAAUCGGACAACCUGGUUUUCAAAGACAGAAAGCUAAAUAUUGGUCCUGCAAUCCGAAAACAGGUUCUGCCUCGAUCGUUUGAUCCUAAUAUUUCGCAAGGUGGAGUUAUGUUCACUAAUGGAACUCCAUACACUUACCAAAAUGGAAUGGCAAUUUUUCAUUCACCUGAAGGGGGUUACCCCAUACCUCAGCCUCAGCCAACUUACACAACUACUGUGAUGGUGCCACAGACUAUGCAGACUCCAGCACUGUAUCAUGUGUCUCCACAGUACCCAGCUUAUCAACCAAUAAGUGGGUUUGAAGAUGCAAAUUCGAGGAUGUGGCUUCCGAAACCGUUGCCUCAGAUAAAGGAAAGCUUAACUGCUCAUCUGCAGGCUACUCCACAGUGGACAACAGCAGCUGCUAACCAAUGGCGCUGGGCAACACAGAGUCCUGGUCAACCAGCUUUUGGUGGAAGUCCUGGCUACAUCUAUGCCACAGUUCCCACACCAGAGGUGAUGUACGCACAACCACCACCACAUGCCUACCAGCCUGCGGAUAUGAGUGAUGCAUCUCUUGUCGAGGGAGGCACAGUUGAGGGCAAUGUCAUCCCAGUGGAGCAAUCUUUGGCCAAUCGCAUGCAUGUUUCUGAUGCUAACAGUUACAGCUGUGAACAACCCCCUGUGAUUUCUAUAAACACUCCUCCAAAUACAACCAGCACUGUAGCUAACUUGAAGAAACAUGUUGCAAUUACCAGACGGUCGUACAGCAGUCCCACUAUACUUGUUAAGCAUGGCCACAAAGUUCAAAGGGUUAUGGUGGCAAACAAAUCUCCAACCAAUGUCUAUGGUCUUCAGGAGGGUGGGGACUAUCAUGAUGGUGUUAUUAAAGCACCACAUCUUAAUACUCAGUCUAAUAUGUUCAACUAGGUUGGAUUAGGGUGUAUCUUCUGUGUGGUUUGCUGCCCAAAAUAUGUGUGGAACUGUAAAUGGUGUUGUCAACCCUUGAAAAUAGAAGUUUCCAAAAUCAACAUAUCUGUUGUAGGUUUCUGUGUUUUGUUGUCAAUCAGUUUUUCACUUUUCUGUUUUUUUGCUUUAUGGAACUAUAAGCAGCUUUAAAAAUAUAUAUGAUUUGAUAUGCACAUGUAAAGACCUCAAUCUUGUAUAACUGUUAUUAUUACUAUAUAUUAUAAUAUACAAUAAAAAUAUUGGGUAUAAAGAUAGGUGUAUUAAAACCAAAAACGAAUAUAGCUUGUAAUCAUUGUUUUUGUUUUUUCGUGGGGAGCUUUACAAAAUAAAAUAAAAUAAUUUUCUGUAUCUCUUUUUUGGUAUGAGCAGGUAGGGGUGGGUGUGGAAAGUGAGUAUAUGGUAAAAAUGGAUUACCUUUGUUUCUGGAUGAAAAAUAUUCCUCAUAUUCUGCAUUAACUCUGAAUUCCUCUGAGAUUGGUUGAAAAAUUGGUGGCCAUCUUGGAUUUAAAUUACCCUAUUGGGGGUCUUUUAAAAAACUUGGUUUAAAUUGAACACAUCGUUAUUACAGUUUGGAAAAUCUGUUCUAAAAUUAGUAAAUGACAAUACUUGGAACUAACUUGUUAGGUAAAAAAUCUCUAAUUUUUGUUAGAAUUACUGAUCUUGAUUUGUAGAAACCUUUAAUAACUAUUGGUAAUGGAAAUUAGAAGGAAAACAUCACUAACUUAGGUUCAAAGGUAAGGUAACAUUUGUAUGACCCACAUCUAGACAUCUAGCCCAUAUUUCUAACGUGGCUGAAAACUCAAGCUUGUAAUGCAGGACUUAAAAUAGUGGCCUGUAAAAAGCCAAAAGCAGUACAUUUUUUUAGACUAAAAUUACCCCAAAAUCACAGGUAAUUUUUCAAGAGACAAAUGUAUGUACGAUCAUCUCAUUUUCUAUUUAGCUGAGGCUGAGCUCAUGAUUCUUUUAACUUAAUAAUGCUCUAAAAUACAUCUCGGAGGUCCUAAUUUUUCAGUUCAAAAUCCUCCACUCAUCCAGUGUUGUGUUAUUUCCAGCAGGCCUUUUUUUUCUUUUAGCAUGUCAUAUUUCUUUUGGCCUGCUGUUUAAAACGAUAACAGCAGACCAUAUUUUACUCCCUAUUUUGAACCCUGUAAUGGCAGAAUACAGAUAGCUCCUGUAUAAAGAAAAUUACAUGCAUUUUGAACUAAGAUGUGCCAAGGUGUUGUUUUGCAGUCUUUCUCCUCAGGGUUUCAAGUCGAGCCAUAGUAAAACCCCCAAAGCAUGCCAAUUGAGCACCCUACUAAACCAUCUUGAUGGUCCCAUUUGAGACAUUUAUGAAGGUGGACUUAAAAUUUGUGGGAAAUGAUGAUUUGUCAUCUUACCUCUUACUACAAUGUUAGCAAUCUUCAUGUCUGUUGUCUAUCCAUCUUGAAUUGAUUAGGCAACUUAAUGAAAACAGGCUUCUCAUUUUUAGAUUCUGUGAAAUACCUGUAUGAACUCUUGAAAGACUGAAAAUAUACGAACAUUAGACCUAACACGACUUGACCAGUUACAUUUUGGAUCAGUUUUUACCAUUAAUAGGCAACAGUAAAAAAAAUUCCCUUUGGAUUUUUAAGCCAGUUUUACAUGUUUUGAACAAUAGAUGAACUAUACUGACGUCCAAAAGAAACUAUACCAAGAAUUUUUUUUUUUAAUUUCCUUUAUAAUUUGGAUAAUGGAAAUAAAAGGAUGGUUAAAUAUCUUUCUGCUUUUAUGGAAUAAAAGUUUGUUCCCAACAUGCCAAAACACCACUCUCAAUAUAGUUUUAAACAUGCAAUAUAUUUUGUUUUUUCUUCAGUAGUCUCUCAGAGUAUUGCUAUAGUUUCUUUUGGACAUCAGUAUAUGUUUUUAAAUCUUGGGAGCUACCUGCUGUCUAAAGUUUCUAAUAAGUGUUCAUUGGUAUUUGGGUUCUCCAAUCUUUAAAAACAGGUGAAAUUCAACAAAUUGCUUCUAGGACACAGGUUUUUGCCACUUCAAAAAAACCUUAUAAUAUGCUUAUAAUAUAUAUAUAUAUAUAUAUAUAUAUAUAUAUAUAGAUAUAUAGAUAUAUAGAUAUAAAAUCUUGUCAGUGGGAGAUGAUUAUGAUUUGGCUGGGAUUAAGGAUGUGUCUACAAAUGUUAACUGCAAAUCCAACAUUCCAUCAUGACACUGAAUUUAGCCAUGACAAUUUUUUUUUCUUGAUAAAUUUUAAACAUGUCCUAUAUCUAUCUAUCCUUUCAUCAGUGUAGCCCAACAAUUUCAGAGUGUCUCAAUAUAAACUUAAUGCGUGCUAACAUGCAUAUCGGUUGAAUUAUUUGUCUGCCGUUUUCGUUUCUUUUCAUUCUUCCUUUUUAUUUUUUUGCUUUCUGUACAUCUUAAAAUAACUUUGAUACCAAAGCAAGUAUGCUAGUUUGUCCUGUAAUUUUACAUUGCCUUGUACAUGCUAUAAAUUCCAUUCAUUUUUAUGUGUCAUGUGCAGGUUACGCACACUUCAUAAUGGAAAAAUCCAUUUUUCACUUAUGAAAUAUUUAGCAUUUUUCAAUGUCUAGGUGCAUGUGUGAUUUUAUUGGUUAUGGGAAAAGUGUUGCUAUUUUGGAAUAUACAUUCUCAAAUGUGUUUAUCUUAUACUUGUAAAAAGAUAUACUAUUCUGAAUUAAUGUCAAAAUAUAUAUUUUUCAAUUGAGCAUCUGUUGAUAACAUGUUCUUCUGGCUCUUAAAAUGUUUAUACAUCAUGCACAUGCAUAGUUUAAUCUUAACUUUGUUCCUAUUAUAAAAAUAUAUUUUAUGUAGGAGUUUAUAUAUCCACUUCUCAGGUUUAAUAUUUGAUUUUUUUAUUAAAAUUAUAGAAUCAGCAGUGCUAUACAAUAUUUAAACUAGACAACCUUUAUAGUCGUGAGCCAAAACUUUACCUUCUUUAUAUUAAUAUAAUUCACAUACUAUCAUACCACAACAAGGCUAAUUGUGACAUCAAGUUUUAUCCGGUUAAUGUAUUUGUAAAUUUUUCACCAGAUGCCUAAUUUUGUACUAGUUGACUAGUCAUAGGGAUAGACAUGUCACAUCCAUUUAUUUUUGUGGAUUGUUUUUAUAGUGAUUGAAAAAUGCAUGUUGCUUAAAAGGAGAAAUGGCCGAUUUUGUUUGCAUAGUUCUUUAAAAUAUAUGAUAUAAUAGAUGUAGCUUUUCAUUCAGAAAUCAUCUGCUUUAGCUCUGUCUUUUGUCUGAUUGACAUUGUUCACCGAUGAAAACCUUUAUGAAUACUAGUAGCUAUAUUUUGGUCUCAUUUGUGAAUGACUGAAACAACAACGUAGAGCAUCAAUCGGUACACCACAUAAAACAAGAAAAAUGUUUUACAACCUUGCAAGAUAUAUAUUGUGUUUAUCUGUUAUACAUGUGUGUACAUAGUUGAAUCUUUAUGGUCAUUUUUGUUAUGAACAAUAUGUAGGUUACAUCAGUUUUGUGAUGUUAAAUGUGUUUUUCACACCUAGGUCAGCUUCCUUCUUUCUUUUUUUUCUUUUGUCUUUUGGGGUAUUAUAAGAAUAAAAUAUACUUCUGAACCGAAAUUUGAAAUUGUUUUAAACAAAUUCAUAUUUUAUGCAAGUGUCUUUUACUGAAAGCUUUAGGUUUAAAUCCUUUUGAUCUUUAACUAGACAAAUAACCACUCUUGGGGCUCAUUUACAUUGGAAGCUGGUCAUAAUAGUGGUGUGGCUACAAAAAGCCAGAAAAACCCCCAUUGGUUCCAACGAGAGCAUUUAUACUGAAUACAGUGCGAUGCCUGUGUUUUUCAAAACACUUGCAGCCAGCUGCUGUGAAAUAACUGACUGCUUGCAUUAAAUGAAUUCAAAGUUAGGCUUCCUACAAAAACAAUACAUUUAAAAACAGCACAUGUACUGCAUCAAGUGUGCAUGAGCCCUUUGACUAGUUUGUGGUUUCUUUUUGUAUUUUUAGUCUAAAGAAUACAUAAUUAUAUGAAGAAAUACGUGUAGCUAGUAUUUAUUCAUUUGUGGUUGUGAAUCAAGAUAGUACAUUAAUAUAAAUGCUCAUUUUCAGUAUAUUCAGUUUAUGCUUUGAUUGAACCUCAUUACCUUACAUUUUUGUAUAUAAUUUUAAUACAGUAAUUGAACACACAUAACAAGUACCCUAAUAAUCAUAGGGCAAAAUAUUAAAAUAUUAUUUUAAAAUUCAGUUAUAAAAUAACUUCUUAAAAAGGUUUUACUUGAAAUUCAUCUUAUUAAUGAUAUGCUUGCAUUCCUUCUGUGCAAAAUUGUUGAAGUCAAUUAAAGUUAAAUGUCUUAACAGCUAUAUAAAAAAAAGUAUGGUAUUUUUUCUACCCAGUUAUGUACAGAAUAUAUUGAUACAUUCAGUUACAUAUACAUUAUAUUAAGUCUUAACUGGAAGUGACUGCAGCUUAAACAAUUCAGGUUUUGUCCAUUUUAAUUUGAUCAUUUGUAAAUGUUAAGAUUUUUAUAAUUUCAUAGCAUUAUUUCAUAGCAUUACAUCUUUCAAAACUUUCAAAUGUCUAAACUUGGUAAGUCUAUUUCAUAUUUGACAAACUUAAUAGUUGUUGGAUAUUAAGGGAAGCUGUGAGAAGUCUUAAGAUUACUGUAUACGCAAAUAUUUUCUCGGCUAAAAUAAUUGGCGAUCGGGCUUUCAUUUGACAUUUUCACGAGGAAUUAUUUUCGCGACUGUGUCCCCAUUAAUAAAAUAAAAAAACACCCAUAUUCAUUUGCCAAACUCUUUUCAAUGACUAUUUCAAGCACACACUUUGACAUGUUCACCAUGCUGUCAGCGAUACGUCAAUGUUAUAUGUAUGUCUGAUAAGACUAUUGUCAUGUUAUUGAUGGAACACGCACAUGCAAUACAGAAAACAAAGAAAACAAACAAAACUGAGAUUACGUAACAACAGACUUACACCCAGCUGUGUGUCACUUAAAUCAAAUCCACGUGAUCAUGCAGGUUUACAGAAUCAUGUGACCUUGCGGACCUCUGCUUGAUUCUGAUAUGGGUUGGGCAUGUAGAGAUAAAACUAUAUAUUAUAUAUUAUAAGGGAAGUAAUAUUUUACCAAAUCUGAAAUAAGUUCGCGCGUAAUUAAAUUCGCAGUGCUAUCAACGUGUUCACGAUUUUUGCGGUAUAUUUUAUUCGCAAACAUAUUUGCGUAUUCGGUAUAAGAUGAAAUCCCAAAAUAUUUACAUAGCCUAAAUUUCACAAUUCUGGCUGUAUCCAAACAAAUUCAAUGCCUGUAUAUUAUUUAGGGGGUUAUUUUAAUAUUUAUUUUUAGUGGUGGCAAUGGUUGCAAAUUCAUAAUAGUCAUCAAAGUAUCCAAAUGUAGAAAAAAGAAAACAACAACUAAAAUUCACUGAACUAUCACUACACAUCCAUCUACAAAUUAAUUGUAAAAAGUUUUUAGGUCAAUGAAAUUCUUUACAUAAAUGUUUUAGGUUUGGGUUUUUUUUAUUAUUAUUGAAAUGGCUAGUGUCUUAAAACUUAUUUUUUACUAAAGGAUGAUAUGGUAGUAGUGAUGAGCAUUAAUUUUAUUUUCACUGAGCAGUUGCAUUGGGAAAAGCUGCACUCUUGUUGUGUGUGUUUAAUAAUGCUUAUAUGUAUAUUUAAGUCACAGUGAUUAUCUUUUCAUUUCAAAUGAUCUCUUGUUUUAUUUACCUUAUUUUAUGUUUAAUAUAUACUUCAUAACCAAAGUGAUAUUGCCUGUUCUAUUGUUUGUGAUUUUGUAUACCGGUAGCUCUGUUAUACAUCAUGAAAGUUUAUUCUAUUAACUUCCUUGAAGUGCAAAGGAAAAUGAGGUAUCAAUAUUUUUGUUGUGCUGUUUUACCCCUUAAAUACGAUGCAAAGUGGUGGGUGUAACAAUAUAAAACGGGUUAAUUGUACUUAUAACCAGUGUUAAUUUUGAACCAGUGAAACAUUGUUGUUGCCUAGAAUUUGAAGUAGGUCACAUGAUUUUAUUUGAGUUGUAAAGAUUCAGAUUUUUAGGUACCAAAACAGUGACAGGGGUAAAUGGCACUCUCAUCUUAUUCUUAUAAAUAUAUAUAUAUAUUAUAUAUGUGGAAUUUUAUUAUUAAAACAUUAUCAUUUUGAUGCAUAUUUUGUUACAAGAUUGGUCUAUUUUUUAAUUUGUCAUUCUAUUGUCUUUAUUUUGUCAGGAAACAAAGAUUCUGAUGUAUAAUUUUGUGAUUGAUAUCUAUGCAAGAGUGUACAUUUUAGUGCUAUUUGAUUUGUAUGUGUGCGUGUGUGUGUGAAUGAUCACCUGUAACCUAGAAAUGUGAAGUUUAAAAUGUGCUUGUUGAUGUAAUAUAUCUCUCCAUAUAUAUAUAAACAAUGUACAUGUGUUUGUAAACUUGACAAGGUUGUGACAGAAGACAGAAUGGUAGCAUAUGAAUAAGAGACAUUUGGACAUGUAACUACCAACAAUAAAAGUUUAUAAACCAAA